AGGAAGCCACGCGGACAAGGGCGUGGCGCUUGGGCCUGCCUCGAGGAGACGGAACAGCCUUGAGACAGAGAGGGUUGAAUUUGAGUGGGAAAGGGCGCCUGCUCAGGGGCUGGACCUUCCUGUCAGGAAAUUGUCACUUUAUCAACAUGAAGAUUAAUCAUUUGUAUUUUGGAGCAGCAGAACUGGGGACCAAUUACCUGUCAAGAGUUUUAUAAACUAAUCACAUAAACUGCUGUUCCAUUACUCUUAUCCUCCAUCCUACCUUCAAACUUGUCUUACCUAUGGCAUUCAGGAGGCAAGUGAAAAACUUUGUGAAAAAUUACUCAGAUGCUGAAAUAAAAGUCAGGGAAGCAACUUCUAACGACCCUUGGGGUCCCUCUAGUUCUCUGAUGUUAGAUAUCAGUGACUUGACUUUCAACACAAUUUCUCUCUCAGAGAUUAUGAAUAUGCUAUGGCAGAGACUCAGUGACCAUGGGAAGAACUGGCGCCAUGUGUAUAAGUCCCUUACGCUAAUGGAUUAUCUCAUCAAGAAUGGAUCAAAAAAAGUCAUUCAGCAUUGCCGAGAGGGGUUCUGUAACCUUCAAACACUAAAAGAUUUUCAACACAUAGAUGAAGCUGGAAAAGACCAAGGUUAUUAUAUUCGAGAAAAAUCUAAGCAAGUCAUAACAUUGCUGAUGGAUGAACAGUUGCUACAUAAAGAGAGGGAUGUGGCAUGUCGGACGAGAUGGCGUACCUCCUACUCUAUGACAUUUCCUAAAAAAUUACCUGGUACAGGUAACUCACCAACAGCAUGUGCUUCUGCCCCUACACCAGAAGUUCCUGCUUCAGAGAAGAAGCAUAAGCUUCUUAAGGUUGCAAGGCUACGUAAUAAAAAAAAUGCUUCCAAGGCGGGGUUAAAACAAGAGCAAUGCCAAGAUAUUCUGUUGCCCACGGGAAAUGUGUUGUCCCAGGAAACACUUCCACUCAAGAUUAAUGCUUGGAAAUCAACAGAUGACCUGAUACUAUUUUAUGAUGAUGAUCCAAAGCCACUUUUACCAACAAUACCUCCUUCCUUUAUCCCUACAACUACAUCAUUGUCAGAAGGGGAAACAGAAGUUUGUAUCUUCUCGGAUGCAGAUGCUGUGCCUACUCCCUCAGAAAAAAGCCCCUCUCUACAGACAAAUGUGAGUUUGGACAAGAAAUCGGACAGUAACCGUACCAUUACAAAUGCUGUAACAGAAGACCCCUUGCAAACGCCCCUAGAAAAGCAAUCAGCUGCAAAAAGUUUUGAAACAUUGGCAACUUUACCAGCAUUUUGGUCAUCAAGUAAAGAAUUUAUCAGUCACAAUUUAAUGAUAUCCAAGUCAGAUUCUACUUUUUAUAACCAGGCCUCUGUUGAGACACUCUAUGUCUCUCCCUCAUUCACAAUAUUUGACCCAGCAAAGGAGAUCGUAAUCAAUAAGGACUGUCAGAAACCAACACAAUCCAGCAUUGUUCAGACGGGUGAUGAAAACCUCAAGACAACUACAUGGGUUUCAACUACUUCUGAGGGAACAUCUUCCUUUUCUCCUUUAUCCAUGUCAUCUCCUGAUUCAGCCUCUCCAGAGAAGUCAGUUCAUCUGUUACCCCCAGUUCUGGCCGGACCUUCCUUCUGGACUUUGUCCCAUCAACAGUUGUCUUCUGCCUCCUUUAAAGAUGGAGAUAAGACAGCCAAAGUUCAUCCCUCCUUUGCUCCUCGGGGCCCAGUGUCUUCUGAUGAAGAGGAAAGUGACAACCUCAAUCAACUGGAAAUUAGUCUAACAGAUAACUCUGGUUCUGCUAAAAAGAAAAGUCAUAUUUCUAGCACUAACUGGGUAGAGUUUUCCACCCAAAAUGUAGACCACUUCACCUCCCUGUCCUGUUCUAGUUUUCAGACAACCAAAGGCUUGCCCAGGGAACCUGAAGCAAACAAUUCCAUUAUAGCUCUUCUAGGGGAGGUAAAAAGUGCAAUAGUUAGAUUACAUGAAGAUCUGAGCAUGGUGAUACAGCAGCUUCGUGUCGUCAAUAGCCAUCUGGUAAGCAUGAAUGGCAGUAGUCCACAAGUAAGCCAAUCUCUGCAGGUCCCCCAGUUUUCCAAGGGGAGGUCAGAUGAAAUGUAAUGAUCUCAAUAGCCAUUUUGGGUAGAACUCAUGUGGUUCCACUUCCCUAAGACUUAAGUUAACAUUUUAUAGAUUUGCAUUAUUAUGGCAAAAAAAAAAAGGAGGGGAAUGAUGGUUUAAUUUUUCCUUGUUGGGUUAUUAACAAGUAUUUUUCAAACCAAUAAUUUCAUUUGAGUGGUUUCUUUUUUAAAAAAGAAAAAUGCCACCUUUGAUGAUUUCAGAUUUAGAUAUUAGUUCAUUUGAAACUGAAGCGAAUUUCAUUCUUCCAUGCUCUGUACUUUCCCUCAAAGUGGGUUAAGCAUUAGUGGAAGUUGUAGUAAGACCUCAAAGACUGCGAUCGACUACUAGAGAGCUUUUGGAUAGGUGGGCAGCAAGAAGCCCUUGACUUUUCAACUGUGUGGUGCUUCACUGUUAACAAGCCUUUGUAGUGACCCAGGAGGAUUGAGUUUGGGGUAUACGCUUCACAUGUUCUCUUGGAGGUUUCAGUUUCUGCAAACCAAGGGCCAGAAAUCUUCUUUUCCUUCUUUCAGAUGCCACAGUGUUGGCAGUUAAGUUGAAACAAGUAGGACAAGGGACAGGUGUUUUUAUUGUUAAUGUAUAUUGCAAAGUGAAUCAAACACAUAACUGUUUUUCCUUGUAUUUCAGAAAAUAAAUUUGAUGUUUUUCAUCUUA